AGGUUGUUUUGCGGUAUAUAUACGGAGAGUGAGCCGAAAUCAACACUGGGAAGACAUCUGCUAACCAGCCAUGAAGCUCCUCCUUAUCCUGCUGCCCGCGUUGGCACAUGCCCGCUUCAACAUCCGCAUCGACGUCGCAACUCGCGAGAGUGACGUCAAUGUCAACCUGCUUGGAGAAGACGACCACAUCAUCGAUGAUGCUGAGACCAAGGAGUUCAGGCUGACCGACUAUUCGCUCAAGUCCGCUUGCUCGCACGUUGUCGUAGCAACUCUCGAGAGUGAUGUCAACGUCAACCUGCUCGGAGAAGAUGACCACAUCAUCGAUGAUGCAGAGACCAGGGAGUUCAGGCUGACCGACUAUUCGCUCAAGUCCGCUUGCUCGCAGUAA